AUGCCGAAGCAUCUGUCGGAACACUGGAGCGGGUAUAAUAUCCGGAAGCCGCUGCGCGCGCCGACGCCUUUGGGUGCGGUCCUGCCGCAGUGCUUCGGGUACUAUGUGCCGGAGGCGGGGGAGGCGAAGGGACAGUACUUGAGCCCGAUCUUGCUGGUCGAGGACUGCGGGGACCAGGUGACGGAUAAGAGGCUGGAUGCGAGUGAGGAUGAGAGGCAAGAAUGCGCGGACAUGUACCUGCGACUGCACGAAGCGGGGUGGGUCCACGGGUCUGUCGCCUAUCGCAACACCGUUGUGCAGAAGGGCCCGUUGUACCUCCCGCCCGACGAGCGUACAAUGGACGAGCCGAGCUUCCGGAUCAUCGACUUUGGGCGCGCGGUGAAAGACGAGAAGGAAGGGCACGAGCUUCGGUGGCUCGAGAAUGAGGACGUCCUCAAAUGCUUCCAUUGCGGGAAUUGGUCGAAGAAGCAGCGAGUCUAG